GACAGCGACGACAUCAUUAGAGCAACAACAACGACUCACACCCAAAGCGGUUUCCUCUCGCAGAAAGGCAGAUGCACUGACAGUAAGCGCUCGGUGGUAGAUUUCUAGUCACAGUGGGCACGUUAGAUUGAGGUCAUGUGGAAGUCAGCGUCUCUGAGUGAAUUUGUAAAUGUUUAAUCCCAUUUCCCAUUUCCAGGAGUGGAUACGGCUUGAGCUAAAAAGGAAGUCUAUAGCUGCUUUUCAGAUGUUGGACUAUUAUGGUCCAGCUUGAGAACACCAAGUGCAGUUUUCUCUUCUGCCUUGGAAUCUGUAUCCUAAUAUGUUCUGCCAUCUACCUGAAAGCCAAAAUAUUCAAUGCACCUCUUCCUACGACUGACCUGAGCAGCCAAUCCCCACUAGCCUCCAAGACCUGUGACAUUCUUCCACCUGCGACUCCCGGGUUUAAAUGGCAGCGAAAAGACUGUAAGAAAAUCAGCUAUGAGCCUAAACCGGACACAAACUGCACUCUUUUGCAGUCAGAGCUGCAUUUCAUUAUGGCGCCACUGAGCAAAGAAGAGGAAGACUUUCCUUUGGCUUUCAUCAUCACCAUUCACAAAGAGCUGGAAACGUUUGUGCGGCUACUGAGAGCCAUCUACGCACCGCAGAACGUCUACUGCAUUCACAUCGACGAUAAAGCGCCGGAAGAAUACAAGACAAGCGUCCGAAACCUAUCUGCGUGCUUCUCGAACGUCUUCCUGGCGUCCGUCAACGAAAAGGUGACCUAUGCUGGCUUUUCUCGUCUGCAGGCUGACAUCAACUGCAUGAAAGAUCUGGUGAAGUCUCCCAUAAAAUGGAAAAGAGUUAUAAAUUUGUGCGGCCAGGACUUCCCCAUCCAGAGCAACCUGGAGUUAGUCCGGUACAUGCAAGGAUCCGAAUGGAAAGACAGGAACAUGACGCCGGGAAUCAAGCAGCCAUCCACUAUGAAGCACAGGACAGAGUUACAGUAUGAGGAGGUAAAGGGCACCCAUGUGGCACCAAAGGGCAAAGGUCAAAAGAAGGGACCACCUCCGCACAGUCUGACAAUUUACUUUGGGACUGCUUAUUACUCUUUGACGAGAUCGUUUGUGGAGUUUGUCCUCAAGGACCCGGUGGCCAAAGACUUGCUGGAGUGGUCCAGAGACACCUUCAGCCCGGAUGAGCAUUACUGGGUGACGCUGAAUCACAUAAAGGAAGCACCUGGCAGCUAUGUAGACGGUGAAUGGGAAGGUAACAUCCGUGCAAUCAAAUGGAGGGACCAAGAAGGAACAGCACACCAGGGCUGUAAAGGACAAUACAUCAGAGAUAUCUGCGUUUUUGGGAUUGGCGACUUACCAUGGAUUAUCGAAAAAGAGAGCAUGUUUGCUAAUAAAUUUGAGACCGCAAGCUUUCCGGAAGCCCUGGAUUGUCUGGAACUGUGGCACAGACAUAAAGUUCUCCAGCACGCUACAGUUCCCAUUCAGCCGUCAUGGCGUCUCACCACAGAGGUGGAAGUCAUCAACAGCACUCUCAUUUUAAAAACAGGGGACUGUGUCUGACCAAGCAUCACAGAAAUGACAGAAAAGUCACACAGAAAGUGAAAUUCAUACCGUUUACAGGCUUGCCAACUUCUACAAGCUCACAGCCUUGUAUAAUUCAAAAAAAUGGCAAACUUCCCCUUGAUGUCAAAGUACCAUCUGGGUACAUGGUAUAAAUGAAGGAAAAAUUAACAGAAACAUUUUCUGCUUUACAGUGUAAAUGUGUCACGACAAUAUUCAUGUCACAUGGCAGUGCAGCUCAUGAUGUUUAAAUGUUGUAAACAUGUAAACACUGAUUAAUAUGUGAGUGUUGAGUACUGUAACUGGUGUAUUGUUAGUAAUAGUAAUAGUUCUAUUUAUUUUUAUUUAUUAACUGCUAUAUAAAUGCACUGUUUUUCAAAUGGAUAAACUGUAGCUGAAUAAAGGCAUAAAAUUCCUUGGACAAA